AUGGAGCAGUUCACUAUCGAGAAGGACAUUGCCCAGUACAUCAAGAAAGAGUUCGACAGCCGGAAGGGUGCCACAUGGCACUGCAUCGUCGGACGCAACUUUGGAAGCUUUGUCACGCAUGAGACGAAGCAUUUCAUCUACUUCUACCUCGGCCACUGUGCUAUCUUGCUCUUCAAGACUCAGUAG